AUGCCAACCGAACGGGCCGCCGGCCCGCAGCCGAUGGACAUGGCCGAGGAGGACGAGGAUAUUGACACUGACGCCUCCACGGAGAUCGAGGUGGCCGAGCAGGAGGAGGAUCUGCUGCUUGAUGAUGAGACGACCCUCGGCGUGCUCUCUCGUCUCCUGCCCCGCCAAACAUUCUGGGACACGUUCACCGAGAGCCAGGUCGUCAAGAUGACAUUCCUCUGCGGCGCCGACACGAUCGGCUCGUUCACGAUGAUCUUCAUGAAAUAUGGGACUGCCGCCUACACGCCCCUAUUCACCCUGCUGUUCAUCUUCGGCAUCCCGCUGCUGUGCAUGGAGGUGUUCCUCGGCCAGUACACCUCGCAGAACCCUUUGACCCUCUACAAGCGCAUGGUGCCCGCCCUCGAGGGCCUCGGCCACUCGAUCACCAUCCUCAACUUCAUCCUCAUAGGCGCACAAGUUCAGCAAGCUGCACUUUAUACUGGUCUCCUCAUCGAAACAGCCUCCGUCGGCUCCCGCUUCAAGGGCUACGAUAUGUGCAUGUCAAACUACAACAAUGACCGCUGCAAAAUGGCCUACCAGACCUGCCCAUCGAAUCUGCCGCUCCUCCUCGACAACCAGUGCACCACCAACACCAGCUACAAGUACAACCUGUACACCACACAGAGAUUCCGCGGCAUCCUCGGCGAAGAGAACCAGCAAUGGGUGCGCAGCGACAUGUCGUCAUCGGGGGUGAUCACGUACUCGGGCAUCUGGCUCUUUCUCCUCCUCGUCUACUCCAGCGGCAGCUCGCAGGCCAUCAAAACGGUGUCCAUCAUCACGAACACGGCAUUCAUCGCCUACUUCGUCACGUUCCACAUCAUUUGGCGCUUCUACGACCGCCCGUUCAUCUACAUCUACCCGGAGUUCUUCCAAAAUUCAACCAACUGGCGUGAUCGAGUGAGGACCUCCGACGGGACAGACAACAACAUCACCUACCAGUACGCCGAACCGCACAAAGCGAACAGGAUCGACGAUCGGGUGGCCGGCCUCUCCUCGAUCGAGAUUGAGCACGAGCUGCAGAUGACCAAACCGCCCGACUUUGCCAUGUGGAUCAGUGUCGGCUGCCAUAUUCUCACCUCGUUCGGCCUGGGCGAUGGCGGCAUCCUGACGAUCGCCUCCCAUCAGACGUUCUCCACCUGGAUUCUGUUCUUGACGGCCGUCAUGUUUUGGGACUGGAGCUUGAACUGCUUGAUUUCAUGCUUCUUCUCCCUUGAGCUGGAACUGCCUGAUAGCGGGUUUCUUAUCCAACUUCAGCUUCUGUGCUCGAGCAUGAACUGCUUGAUUUCGUGCUCCUUUUUAUCUGAAGUGUAUGCUAUUGAGCUUGAGCUUCUAAAGCGUGGCAAGAUGCAGCUCCUCAUCCAGCUUGAGCCUGAAUGGCUCAAAAACGUCGCCCACUCAUCCCUUUCCAGUGACGCCUUCGCACUGGCCGUCGGCUACGCCAUCAUCCCCAUCGGCAUGGCGUACAUGCUGAAUUGGCAUAUACUCACCGUACUGGUGGCGUUGGUGCGCGAGUCGAGGGGCCUCGAGAAAGGGAGGGAAAUCAUGCACCGAGCUUUUGACCUGUUCGUCGAGCGGUCCACCUUUCACACCUCCAUGUUCUCGUGGGCGUUCGGGAUGUUGUCUUUCAAGGACUACGACCUCGGUCUCCUCCUCAUCUUUUCCAUCUGCGGCCUGUUGUUGACCAUCAGCAGUGUGCUGAUCCGCUUCGAGAUCAUCGUCGGCUCGCUGUCCGAGCAGCUCGUCGGCCAGCCGAUUACUGUACAUAAGUGCCUCCUUCGCGCCGUCAUCUUCAUCGGGUUCAUGUUCAUGCUCGUCACCACCCACCAGAUGGGCCUCUUCUACCUCGAGGCCUUCUACAAGUACGGGCUCGUCAUGUCGGUCGGCAUGAUUUUGACCUUGGAGCUGAUCCUGGUGCUGAUCUACGGCCCUCGCCGCGUCUUUGCCAACAUGAACGCCAUGCAGUUGAGCUGGCCAUCGGUGCGCCGCUCGAUCCGCCUGCGCCGCGCCCUCGAGGUGGUCAACAUUGUGGUGAUCUGCAGCUGGGUGCUGGUGCCGUUCUUCGUCAUCCCCACCGUCAUCACCAACUUCACCACCGAUCUGCCGGCCAACCAGAUCUGGGAUGAGCAGUACUUCAGCUCCAAAGUGUUCGGCUUCCUGGUGGCCCUGGUCGUGCUGAUGCCCGUCGUCUACUUCCUCAUCAAACGGGUGUACCUGAAAUACCGUAACAAGACGUCGUGGCGCAUGGAGUGGCGCCCGACGCUGCGCCUCUGGGGCCCCCGCAACGUCAAGGACAGGGUACUUGCCGGCCACGUCGAGCUCGAGUUUGGCAUCAACGAG